GCGGCAGGCAGACGGCACACGGACAACACCAGAAUAAGUGGUGUCCAAAUCCAGAAACAAUGCAUUCCUUUUCUGGAGCUCAUGGUUACAAUGUCCGCACUGGUCUUUCCACUUGUCUACAUUCCACCUUGGGCCUGUCAAAUGAACCUCACUCUCUUGGCUUUUCUUGAUCCUUUGUUCAUCAUUUUGGAAGUGUUCCAAAUGCUCAGCUUGGUUCACUGGUGCAAUGUGAAGGCACAAACAGGCAUUGACAAUCAGCCAGUGAUUUGGAAGGUCAUAGUGCUAUCUCUUGCUGUAGCCAGCUGGGUUUCUUCUCUUUUCUUGCUGCUGAAUAUUUUUCAAGGAUCGGACACAAGGCUUGUGGCAGCAGUCCUUGUACUUAAUGUUCUCGCUCAUGUUGCCUGUAUAUAUGUGGACUCAGGUAUCAUAAGUGAUGCGGCAUUGAUUCUUUUAAUGUCCCUGUUAAUAAUGAGGCUGGGCCCCUACGAGACAAAGAUUCAUGAAACCCUUUGCACAGUUGCACAGUCUAACCACCCCAGGCCAUGGAGUGGAACGCUUCUGGGGAUGAUUUCUGGCCUGCCGAACAUGACCGCCGGCGCCAUGUCUCGCACGCUGUCGGCACUGGGCUCACUGACCAGUCCUCUCUUCUGGAUCGGCGUCUUGGUGCGCGUCAGCCUCGUGGUGCCGGCUUUGAUGAGGUUCUGCUUGCUGGGAGAUGGAAGCGGUGACAACGCUGGCAUGCUGGCGUUGCCGGUUCGCGCCGGUGCCACGGCGCUUGGCCUGGUCGCCUACACGCAGGCGGUGUGGCGCCACCUGGAUGGCUGCCGCCUCCUGCAGUACUCGCCAGUCAUGACGAGGCCCAUGCAGGCGCUGCUGUUGACAUUGGGAUACGCUGUUCAAGCGCUGUGGGAGCAGCGGAGGACCUACAAUGACUGGUGAACCCGGUCGAAACACGGGACCGUUUGGCGGAACAAGCGUUUCGGUGACUGUCUUGUGACUUCGAACAUCACUUGUGUCGAAGAAGAAAGGAUCAUUGGGCGGAGACAAGCGAAAAGUAGGGAUGCCACGAGCGCUUUCUUUCAGCUGAACGCUCAUUGAAAGCUUUUGAUGUAAAAGUAAUGCAGGAUCACACGCACACACUCACGCUCAUAGACAAAGAAUAGGACACAAUAUGUGACUUCAAAAAAAGAAGGCAAAUAAUUAUGGUCUCACCUUAAAUCCCUGCCGGUUUCGUUAUCUUAUUGUCAGUAUUCUUGUUCCUUGUUUUCCUUGAAUUGUGUGUAUUUUUGCUUGUCUUUUAUGCGCUGUAAAUCGUGAAUCACUUGUGUUGUGGGUAUGGAACAAGAAAUACUAAGUAAUCACUUAUUUUCUGCUAAAAUAGAAAUCUAGUGGCGCCCCCGCGCUGCAAGGGCUGCCUGUGGGAGGCGGCGUUUGCAUACGGUGGAUUUGAUCUGCCGUCGCUGGCGUCAAAUGGCAAGCGAAAUGAUGAGGACACACUGAAGAAAAUAAAAGGCAGCGAUUCCAUAAGCUGUAUGGCUGUCACGUUUGUGUAUUUGUUCAUGUCUCUGCUCGUAAUAAAUCUUUUGAAAGAGCCA